UGCCCACGUCGCUCCGCCCCUGCGCCCGCCCGCUGGGUUGCGGCGCGGCGCCUGAGGGAGUCGCUGACGGGCGCGCUGACUCCGGCCACUGGGGACGCGCGGAGCCGACCUGUGGCAGAACUAGAGGAGUGAAAGCAGCAAGUACCACACUAAACAACAAUGUCAGCUGAAGUGGAGACCUCAGAGGCAGUAGAAGAGUCAGAGAAAAAGAACUCUCAGGCCUCAGAAAAGGAAAACCACACCAGAAUGGCUGACCUCUCCGAGCUCCUGAAGGAAGGGACCAAGGAAGCACAUGAUAAGGCAGAAAACACCCAGUUUGUCAAGGACUUCUUGAAAGGCAAUAUUAAGAAGGAGCUAUUUAAGCUGGCCACCACUGCACUUUACUUCACAUAUUCAGCCCUUGAGGAGGAAAUGGACCGAAACAAAGACCACCCAGCCUUUGCUCCCUUGUACUUCCCCAUGGAGCUGCACCGGAAAGAGGCGCUGACCAAGGACCUGGAAUAUUUCUUUGGUGAAAACUGGGAGGAGCGGGUGCAGUGCUCUGAGGCUGCCCAAAAGUAUGUGGAUCGGAUCCACUACAUAGGGCAGAAUGAGCCGGAGCUGCUGGUGGCCCAUGCGUACACCCGCUAUAUGGGGGACCUCUCGGGGGGCCAGGUGCUGAAGAAGGUAGCUCAGCGAGCACUGAAACUCCCCAGCACAGGGGAGGGGACCCAGUUCUACCUGUUUGAAAAUGUGGACAAUGCCCAGCAGUUCAAGCAGUUCUACCGAGCCAGGAUGAACGCCCUGGACCUGAACCUGAAGACCAAAGAGAGAAUCGUGGAGGAGGCCAACAAGGCCUUCCAGUACAACAUACAGAUAUUCAAUGAACUGGACCAGGCUGGCUCCACACUUGCCAGAAAGACCUUGGAGGAUGGGCUCCCUGUGCAUGAUGGGAAAGGAGAUGUGCGAAAGUGCCCCUACUACGUUGCCCAGCAAGGUAAAGGUGCCCUGGAGGGUAGCAGCUGUCCCUUCCGAACAGCCAUGGCUGUACUGAGGAAGCCCAGCCUCCAGUUCAUUCUGGCCAUUGGUGUGGCCCUGGCUGCUGGAUUCUCAGCCUGGUACUACAUGUGAAGGAUCCAUCACGCUGUGUCGACAUCCUCUUCCCAAGUGACCACUGGCCCACCACCAUCUCUUCCCCUGACUAAAUUACCACCUCAGGUGACUUUUUUAAAAUGCUGGGUUUGGGAAAACAGGCAACCAAUAAAAGCCAGGCGCUAGA